GAGAGGAGAGAGAGAGUAAAACAAAUAGCAGGCGAAAGGAAACGGUCUCUCCUCUGUAUGUGUAAAUGCUUAAUGGUGAGGAAGGAAGAAGCAGCUCCUCUUAUUAUUACCAUUAUUCCUCUUCUUCUCACACCUACCUACAUCUCUCUCUCUCUCUCUCAAAUUUCUCUCUCAGAGAUCUCUCUUAGUUAGGUAAAAAUCUCUCUCUCUCUCUCUCUCUCGAUAUUUCUUUAUAUGAAUUUGCGGUUCCCUCAUCGACGAUCCGAUCACCCUCUGAUCAUUCGAUUCCGCCAUUUCCACCUUCAUUUCUCCGAUUUCUGAAUUCUCAAUCCAAAUUCAAAAGAAACAUUCUUUUGUGUUUUGGUUUCACUGAUUCGUCGCUGUUUCCAUUUCUUUUUGUAUCAUCCAAUUGCGUAGUAGUUGGUGAAGGUUUUAAAGAGAGAGAGAGAGAGAGAGAGAGAGAGAGAGAGAGAGAGUUAGGGUUUAGGGGAAGGGGGGGGGGGGAGGUGUGGUGUGUGCGCGUGUGUGAUGUCUUGGGGUGAGGGAGAGGAAGAGAGGCAAUGGAGUUGUGGAAAACCCGGUUCGGUGAAUUUGCAGAAAAUGAGUUCAAUCGUCGAGCCUUGUCUAUCUCAAUCUCCCAUAAAGGUUGUUAUCGCCGUAAACAGAAUGCUUAAGCCAGAAAAGUGGCAGGCAACUUUUGAUAGUGAUGGAAAGGUUUAUGGAUUCCAAAAGGCACUCAAGUUAAUUUGUUUGGGGGGUGUGGAUCCAUCCAUAAGGCCAGAAGUUUGGGAAUUUCUACUUGGUUGUUAUGCACCAAGCAGCACUGCUGAGUAUCGAAGGCAACUGCGGACAGCCCGGAGGGAACGUUACAGGGACCUGAUUAAGCAAUGCCAAAUGAUGCAUUCAAGUAUAGGAACUGGUUCGCUUGCCUAUGUUGUGGGUUCCAAAGUUAUGGACAUGAGGACUUCUUCGAAAGAUGAAGCGAGGAGGGAAGCUAAAGAGGAAAGUAGAAAAGCUUCUACUGACAAUACUAACAAUUUAGAAAAUCACUGCGAUUGGAAUAAUAAUUGUACAGAUACAUCAUAUGAAUGCCAAAGGGAAAGCUCUAGUAAUUCAGCUGACAAUGUCAGCGCAAGGGGAAGCACAGAUAGUGGAGCAUAUGACUCGUCGUUUUAUAUACCUACCUCUGGUCCAUGCAACUGCAGUUCCCCAAAAAUAGGGGGAGAAGCAGAUGGAUCACAGUAUGUACCUGAAGAUUGUUUUGAUUUUCCUCAUUUACCUGUCACUGAUUUGUUUGAAAAGAGUGGUGAAAAUACAAAAUCAUGUGAAUUGCAUGACAAUACACUUUCUACAGAACAUAAACUGAGAUUUGAAGAUGACAGAAUGCACAGUUUUCAAAUUAAUAACAAUGUAGAUCUAAUUAUAGAAUCAAAUGGCUCACCAUCCGGAAAUGUCUCGCUUCUCAAUGACUCUGAAAUUGAAAUGGUCUGUCCUGAUGCCCAUGAAUCAAUAGUGGUGUCCAAUAAUCUGCUGAACAAAACAGAAAUGAUAAAUCGAUUGAGAAUAUCAGAUGUACCAGAAACAGCGAUGAUAAAUUCAAAAUCUCAGCGUGGGCAAGCCGGUGAAGACAGGGUAUCCGAAUGGCUUUGGACUCUGCACCAAAUAGUUGUUGAUGUCGUAAGAACAGAUAGUCAUCUUGAAUUCUAUGAAGAUACAAGAAACUUAGCUAGGAUGUCAGAUAUCCUAGCUGUUUAUGCAUGGGUUGAUCCUGCAACUGGUUAUUGUCAAGGUAUGAGUGACCUGCUGUCUCCUUUUGUUGUUCUCUUUGAGGAUAAUGCUGAUGCUUUUUGGUGCUUUGAGAUGCUUUUAAGGAGAAUGCGUGAAAAUUUUCAGAUGGAAGGUCCAACUGGAGUGAUGAAGCAGUUGCAAUCAUUGUGGCAUAUCUUAGAACUCACAGAUAGGGAAAUGUUUGCGCACCUGACCCAUAUAGGUGCCGAAAGCCUACAUUUUGCGUUCCGAAUGCUGCUGGUACUCUUUCGUCGGGAAUUAUCUUUUAAUGAGGCUCUUUCUAUGUGGGAGAUGAUAUGGGCUGCUGAUUUUGAUGAGUCAUUAAGCUACGAUUUAGAGGAGCACUGUCUGGAAGCAUUAGUAGUUCAGCUUCCAAGGGAUUCUGGAGUGGAAGUGAGAGAAGAAAGCACAGGAAAUGGUCAUGGUAUUGUGAAGGGCUCACAAUCAAACCAUGGAAUUGUUGACCGCUUCAUGCUUGACAACACUGCAUUGAAAUCAGUAUCACCCAAUCCCUUUUGUGGUUUGACGAGGAAUUUCUGGUCAAAGUCUGAUCAUAUGCAAAUCUGCACUUUAGUCUCAUCAACUAGGAAUGGAGAUAACGUGUUACCAGUCUUCUGUGUGGCUGCAAUUCUUAUUAGGAACCGUCAGAAAAUAAUCAGAGAAACCCAUUCAUUUGAUGAUAUCAUAAAGAUUUUCAAUGAUAAUAUGCUGAAGAUCAAUGUCAAAAGAUGUGUACGAACAGCAAUCAAAAUUAGAAAGAAGUAUUUAUACAAGCUAAUCAAGAGAAAGAGUCCUGCAGCUCAAAAUAAGGAGUAGGGGUUUCCCAUUUUGCAAAUAGGCAAAUACUCUCAUAGCAAAAGCACUGAAAUGGCACUCUAUGAGUUGGUAUUUAUAGGCUGGGAUUUCAAGUUGGAGUAUUUUUGACAAAACGCUGUUAUUUGGAUUUUCUGUGAUGGAAGAUUUCAAAGCAGAAUUGCUUUUGAAUUUGAAGUUUUACCCAGUUGUUUGUUCCUUCACAUCUCGUCCUUUGCAAGUGGAAUGAUUUGACGGUGGGAAGAAGUACCUUUGUUUGGUGCACCCCAGGUGUGAUCAUUUAGCUAUCAUCAAUCUCACAGGUUAGGCGAACACAAUUUUUUAUACUUAGUUUUUAUCAUAGCAUAUAAUUGCAGAGGAAAGUAUGUAUCAGCAAUUUUGAUUGUAUAUGCUUUUGAGAACAUGGAUUUGGAGGAAAGAAAGAAAAUAUAAAAGAAUCAAAGUUAUUGGAAAGUGUUUCUUUAGUGUUUUAAA